ACAGGAAGACCGACGGUAACGGCCGCGUGAAUGAUGCAUGCGCGGCGGUUCAGUGCCUCCGAUCGGCGCAACUCUUCGGCGAUGGGCACGAAAUGAAUGCUACCGUAUACAGACGAGACGACACACCAAUACCCUUUAAUUUCCUAGCCAUCGCUCCGUCCUUCCAUCAGCCCUGCCCCGACCAUGCUUGCACGCCUAACUCUGCUUCUUGCCGGACUGGCGACCAUGCUUGCGGCCGCUCCUCCUCCUCCCGCGAUUCGCAGAGCUUCCAUCGCUCAGCAUUGCAAUGGGGACCCCAGUACUCACUGCAUCUACACCCCUCCCCAGGAGUCAAUUGCUGAUUGUGGAUGUCUCCCGGUGAAAGUAUUCCGCGGCCAGGCCAUCGACCAGCAGGUCGACGCCAUCGGCUCAAUCACUUAUCUCCUGACCGAGAGUGCAAGUGCCUAUACCACGGUCAAGUGCGCCAAGGGUGGUGGCGAAAACUUCUUCGUAAUCUACAUGGACAAGGACUACUCCUCGAUUCAGCACUACCCAAACUCGACCGGUUUGGCCACGAUGGGCUUCAAUGAUGGUUCUGGGGCUCAUGUGAGGCCACACGACCAAGCAACGCCGCAGACGUCCGUACAUUACUUACGUUGCGUUUGUCUCGGGUUCAUUCCACAGCCUGCCCCAGGGUCCACCGUCAGCACCCGAAUGAGAGGUGUCGACGCAACGGUACACUGCCCGUUCUAGGCGCUGAUCGGUACGAAGGUCUUAGUGAGGGAAGGCUCUCCAAGCCUAGCGUAGUUCCGGGCCCCAUUCAGCUCCUAUAGUCUCUAUGCUCGAGUCCUCUACAGCGCUACUAGAUCCUCAUUCAACGAUCCAACACCUCCAUUUGAAUGACAUAUCUCACCGACGAUAUCAGUGAAGAAGAAUACAGUGUUGUACGUCGUCUCGCCACGAGAUGACCUACUUGUACGGGCCUUUCAGACUCUCUGUCCACGUAGGACUCUCAAGGUGGUCGCGCCGGCGCUGCUCGGCAGCAAGCGUGUCAUAGCGGUGUC